AUGGGAUGUAUAUUAAACGGAGUGGCUCUAUCUCCUCGAUAUCCGUUCUUCGUCACCUUUGUUGAAUCCAAUACUGAUAAAUCUAGGAGUGGGUUUUUCAUAGGAUUGACACAAACCGCUGUAACUAUCGGAGGUGUGGUAGCGUUCGCUUUUUCUGGUAUCUUCUCUAAUUUCCAUGUCAGUCUUCGAGAAGUUGAUAUUUCACCUCUACAUCCUCGUUGGAUUGGAGCUUGGUGGUUAGGAUUCAUCAUUUUUGGUACUUUGUGUAUUUUCUCGGCCAUACCCAUGUUUUUCUUCCCGCGUAAAUUUGAAAAUGAAGCACCAGACGAUAAAUAUGCUGAGGAUGGAGAAAACAAAGACGCGGCUUCAAAACUUCUUGGUAAUGAAAAGCAUGAAAAAGAAGAAGGAAAGGACCAAGAGAAAUCAUCUAAACUGUCCAUCCUUGAUCAUAUUAAAGCCUAUUUCAGAAUCGUGUGGCAUCUUUUCAAUAAUCCAGUGUACGUGUUUACUGAGCUAGCGUCCAUCUGUACAAUAUUUGCUGUGGCUGGGUCGGGUGCAUUCCUACCAAAAUAUAUGGAACUACAGUUCAUGGUACCAGCGUGGCAGUCUAAUAUCAUUACGAGUGGAAUUAUGUUAUGCUCAGCUGGUGGGACUCUAUUAGGUGGUUGGAUAACAGCGAAGUCCUCAAUGACUCCUACUAGAAACUUAAAACUGUCAAUAAUUAUUGUAACUAUCAGCAUGUUGAUAGAUUGCUGUAUUUUCUUCCUAGCUUGUGAUUAUUAUGAUUUUACUGAUGCGUAA